UUAUAAAUAUUUAAUUUAUAUAAUUUUUUAUUAUCUUUAUUAUUUUAAGUUUUAACUAAAUUUGAUAUCACUUUAUUGUAAUCUAAUCUACAGAUUCACAACUAAGAUAAAAUGAGAAAUUGUAUAGAAACAGUUAAAUAUAAUAAUUUAAUAAUUUGUGUACUUGAUCAUGAAAAAAAUUCACCGAAGUACAUGAUUUUCGAAAAACCUUCAAAAUAUGCACUACAAACUUAAAAUAUGGUCUUAUAAUCAAAAAAUAUGCCCUUUAAACCAAAAUAUGCAAAAAUAUGCACUAAAAAAUUCGAGCUUUUGGUCACAAAUAUUGUUAAAUGUAUUGUGUACUUACUCUGCAUACGAAAAUGUUAACCAGAAAAAAUAUGCGAAUGUGAGCAAGUCCUUGCUUUAAAAAUUAAUUAUACACCCGUAAUCAAUUUUCUGUAUUCAAAGAACAACUAUAAUCUUCUGAAGAAGUUGCUACAACUGACCAAUCCGUGUCAUUAAGGAAAGCUUCCAUUGUAAUUUCACAAACAGGUGAUCAUAGGACAUAUGUACUUGAGAUGAAAUUGUAAGGCAGAGUGUGUAUCGAAGAAGUUUAAUUGUAGAUUAUCAGGACUUUUAUGUAACAAAAUUUUAUUAAUUUUUUUUCAUAAAAUAUCAACAUUCACCAAAAAUAGAUAGUGCAUAAUGUCAAUAUUCACCAGUGAAUAUUCUACAUCUAAAAAGAAAUUUACAUUCACCAGACAUUUUUGUGAAUGUGAUAUUUGCCUAAACAAUUUUUUAUAUAUUUACAUAAAAUUAUAUUAUACUUAUAUGAUUCAUUUUUAUAGUAUUUUUGGCAUUUCAUAUAUUAACAAAUUAAAUCGAAUGAAAAUUACGCGUACUCGAAUCACAUCAAAACGAUUAAUGUAUGAUUUACGAAACUUACGUAAUAAUAACAGAUUACUACCCCGACUAACCCUGCUGUCCUCAACGGUCUCAGAUAAGAUAAAAAAAAACGACUUUGUCAAAUUACAUGGACUUUAAAAUAUAUAACUAUAAAUACGUUAUUUUAAUUAAAAUAAGAAAAAUAUUACAUUUAAAAACAUUAUUAUGCAUUUAAAAACCGCGCGUAUAUUAUAUGCAAUAAAAAAACCGUAAAAUACAGAAAUAUGUAAUACACAUCAAAAAAUGACCAAAUAUGCAAAAUAAAACUUUAUAUUUCAGAUCUAUUGACUCUAAUUCAAAUUUGUAGCUUACCUAGCUAUUUUUUGGACUGUUAAGAAAACACAUACAAAUGCAUAUAAAUCCGGGAUCUUUCAUAAAAUAUUAUUAAAUUAUAAUUUUUACACUUAUUUUUAUAGACAGUAAUGACAUUUUAGUUGUAGACUAAUAUUCAUGAUUAUUUAUUCCCACGUAACUUUGAUAGUAUAUUAUCUAUGGCCUAUUUAAAAUAGAAUGAAGUUUGAUAAAUAAUUAUAUAAAAUUUACACUUUUAUGUCGACCACUGACUAUGAUACGUCAUAUUAGUUUGUAAUUAUAUUUAAUUAUUUUCAAAAUAUAUUACAUAAAAGCUUUAUAGUAAUUUAUUUUUAUAUGAAAAAAAAGUGUUUUUAUUUUUAAAUAAAUACUAGUUAUUUAGCAAUAUUUAUUUAUACAACAAAUAUUUUUUUUUGCGACUUGGAAAGGUCAAUCCUUUAUCACUGCAGUUUUGAUGAAUAAUAUCUUGGAACAUACAUUAUUUGGUUGGAAUCAUGGCUAAUUAUUUCAGAAAGCUAAACAGGAAUAAAAAUUAUGUGAACCACUAUUCUUUAAACGGACUACUUGUACUGGUAUAUACAAUGACUUUGAUGUUUGAAACACAUAGUAGCUCAUUGGAAACGGAGUCAAAUAAUACCAGUUGUUCAAAUGAAAUGACGUGUAAUAAAUGUACUGUCAACGCUCAGUGUUCAUGGUUUCUAGCUCAACAAAAGUGUGAAGAAAAUAUUUUUAAAAAUGUUUCAACUUUAAUAGCCUCUAAGAUAGAGGAAUGUCCACAGUUUAAAGUUAAUAAAAAAUAUGAAUUUAAUAAUCUUUUUAUUGAUUUGAAAUAUAUUAUUAAGGUAUCAAACGAUUUAGUAGGUUUCAUGAAUUAUCUUCGGAUCAGUUUGGUCCAUGUCCGAAGAUCAUUAAUGAACAAUGAAACAAUUAUGAUUGAUAGAACAAAUGAUGAUGAUUUACUUAAAUUUUCAAUACGUACGUACAAAAAAUUCUUAAAUAAACCGUCGAUCACUGAAUUUAUUUUUAUUGAGUUCAAUAAUGUCAUGCUACGGUUCGAUAACGUCGUUGAUCAUUAUGCUACAAUUUAUAAUAGAUAUGAUAAUGUAUGUAUCGACGGGAAUCUCAAAUUCUGUAAGACUUGUGCAUGGAAUUACAAUGGAUACUUUAACUAUUUGAAAUGGUGUUCACGCAAUAACAUCUGUGAGGGUCGAAAUCAGCAGUAUCUGAAACAUAAAACCCAAUUUGACCUAUUUAAAUUGACGAAUAAUGAAGCUUAUGUGACGAACAACUGUCCCGAAUUCAACGUGACAGCGGUCAAUCCGCUGUCUGGACCGGACACUGGCGGGACGGCCUUAACGAUCACCGUUAAAAACAACUGGAUACUUUUAGAGAAUCAAACGAUAACGGUAAAGGUGGCAGGAACGGCGUGCACGAACCUCAGGGUGUUAAGAUUCAAUACGAUCAUCACUUGCACCACGUCACCAUGGGUGAAUACCCCGGAAGGAACACCGGCCCUAGGUCCGAUCCUGGUCAAGUACUGGUCAGACAAAGGUGCAACAAUAACGAUCGAAUCGUCUCAAAGAUUUCAGUUUAUCGCCCUUCCUACUUGUGGUGCCCCCAGUCCAGCACUGGACGCGGACCAACAACUUAGAGGCUUAGAAUCUGGAGACACCAUCGUGCCGGUACGCGGUGUUCAUUUCGUCAAACCAUGUGUUGCAUCGUCCGCCCGACUAUUUGUCGUGCUGCCAAACGGUACCAUGCAGUUUGCGUCUAGUUAUUGUGAUAUACCGGUAAACGACACUUACAUGGUGUGUCGAUCACCGAGGGUUGAGAGACGUGUCUUGGAAGACGGGGACUCGUCAGUUGAAGGGCUGAUGCUAAAUUUCGGGCUAAAUAUGAUGAACUUCAUCGGGAAUCAGUCGCUCUCCGUGGGAGGGCCGUCGCACGGUUUUCACGUGCUCUUCGAUCCGAUGCUAUUGGAUUUUGAUGUAAUAAACAGUACUGGUUCAGUAAUAUUCUAUGGUCGCUACUUGAAUCACUUGCAGUCCGACGUCAUCCUGAUACAGCUUCCGAAUUCAUCGGCAACGGAUUGCGAAUCCGCACCACAUUGCGAAGUCGUGGUCGGUUGCAAAAAUGUGACGUUUUCACAGCAACAUAUCACAUGUGAGCCGAACGUGACUAUCGUUUCAGCUGCCACCUCGUUGGCCAAGAUGUCGGUCACGAUCAGCGAUUCAUUAUCGUACACCGUGCUCAAUAGAUCACCACCCCCCGAUAGUCCCAAUUUUUCUGGUCCCAAUCAACUUUUCACACUUUCCGGCUGGUUCCAAGCGAUCAUCGCCUUGUUCACGUCGUCUUUGAUUGUUUGUACGUUGGUUUGUUGUCUAAAAACCAAAAACAGGUACGACUUGACGAAAACCGUUGGCUACCCACUGGUGGCUUCUAUGUAUGACACACAUACACGUUAGGGUCUAAUGAUUAAGCUGUAGUUUUAAACCGUUAAUUUAUCAACAGUGUAUUUACGCUGGCUGUUAUUAUCUGAACAUAAUUUAUUGCAAAAUAAUAUGUGUUUUUUCUCCAAUUAUUCCCAAAAAUGAACUUAUUAGAUAUCGUAAUUUUUAGAAUACGAGUAUUACAAAUAAUUAUAUUUUGUUCAAUAUUUUGAUGAUGCAAUAAUAAAAGUACCAAUAAUGAUAA